GCGUAGUGUUCGUUUGACUGAAGGUCAUCUCACGAGUCGACCAAACCCUUCGAGUCCACAGUCAGAGAGGCGACAAUGACUUCCAUCGCAGGCAGAGUGGCCCGUCAGCAGGAUAGAGCAGAGGGCAUCGGUACCAAAGAGACGGCUGUGAAGUUUGCCGGGCAGGAUUACGAGACUCUUCUGGAGCAGCGUCUGAGCAGUGGACGCCUGUUUGAGGAUGACUGCUUUCCAGCUGAGAGCAAGUCGUUGGGCUACAACGAGCUGGGGCCCUACUCCUCAAAGACAAAGGGCAUUGUUUGGAAGAGACCAACGGAGUUGUGUUCCGACCCAAAGUUCAUUGACGAUGGAGCCACAAGGACCGACAUCUGUCAGGGAGCUUUAGGUGACUGCUGGCUCCUCGCUGCCAUCGCUUCUCUGACUCUGGAUCAGCAGAUCCUGGCAAGAGUGGUUCCCCCUGGACAGAGUUUCACUGAAAAUUACGCUGGAAUAUUCCACUUUCAGUUCUGGCAGUAUGGGGUUUGGGUGGAUGUUGUGAUUGAUGACCGCUUACCCACCAGAGACGGAAAGCUUCUGUUUGUUCACUCGGCUGAAGGCUCAGAGUUUUGGAGUGCUUUGCUGGAGAAAGCUUACUCUAAGGUGAACGGCUCCUAUGAGGCCUUAUCAGGAGGAAACACCAUCGAGGGUUUUGAGGAUUUCACGGGAGGGAUUGCUGAAAUAUACACUUUGAACAAAGCUCCUCGACUGCUUUUCCAAAUCAUUCAAAAGGCCCUGAGCAAGGGUUCACUGAUGGGUUGCUCCAUUGAUAUCACAAGUUCCAACGAGUCAGAGGCAGUGACAGCACUAAAGCUUGUAAAAGGACAUGCGUACUCUGUUACUGGUGCAGAAGAGGUUACCGCUCGAGGCAGACCCGUUCAGCUGGUCCGCAUCAGGAACCCUUGGGGAGAAGUGGAGUGGACCGGGCCUUGGAGUGACGGAUCCAGAGAAUGGACCUACAUCAGCGCAGAUGAGAAGUCAAGGCUGAACAAUGUGGCUGAAGAUGGGGAGUUCUGGAUGUCCUAUUUAGACUUCACAAACAAUUUCUCCAAGCUGGAGAUCUGCAACUUGACCCCAGACACGCUCGAGAGCGACGGCGUGGGCCGCUGGAACAACUACCAGUUUGAAGGGUUGUGGAGGGUCGGGUCGACCGCGGGAGGCUGCCGCAACAACGCAGCCACGUUCCCGUCCAACCCUCAGUACGUGGUGCGUCUGGAGCAUGUGGAUGAUGAUCAUCUGGACGGAAAGGCUGGAUGCACCUUUCUGGUGGGGCUGAUGCAAAAGGGUGGACGACAGCAGAAAAGACUCAACCGGGACAUGGAGACCAUCGGCUUUGCCAUUUAUAAGGUCCCAGAUGAGUACAAAGGCUCGAGCAACGUUCACCUGGGCCCAGAUGUGCUGCUGCGUCAGAAUCAUGUGGCCAUGAGCACGUUCAUCAACACUCGGGAGGUGUGCCAGCGCUUCAGACUCCCUCCUGGCGAGUACGCCAUCAUUCCCUCCACCUUUCCAGCUCACAAGAACGGCAGCUUCGUUCUCAGGGUCUUCUCUGAGAAAGAGGCUGAUACCAGUCCACUUGCAGCAAAAAUUCAUGCAGAAAUAAAGGAGGAGGAGGUAUCUGAGAAGAACAUGGAUCCUCAGUUCAAACGCAUCUUCAAGCAGAUUGCUGGCAGUGACAUGGAAGUAUCUGUCUUUGAACUGGCUGACAUCCUUAACAACAUCGUCUCUAAACGCUCGGACAUCAAGACAGAUGGAUUCAGCCUUGAGACGAGUCGCCUUAUAGUCAGUCUGCUGGAUAAAGAUGAAAAUGGCACUUUGGGACUGAAGGAAUUCCACUUGCUCUGGAACAAACUUCAAAAAUAUCUGGAGAUCUUCAAAAGUCACGAUACGGAUGGCUCUGGCACGAUGAGCACCCACGAAAUGAGAGAGGCUGCAACUAAAGCAGGGUUUCAAGUCAACAAUGCGGUGCUGCAGGCCAUCGUCAACCGUUACGCCGAUGCUCAGUACGCCAUAGACUUCGACAACUUUGUAGGCUGUCUCAUUAAACUGGAAAUGCUCUUCAAAAUGUUCAAGACCCUGGAGAGGGACAACUCGGGGAAGAUCGAACUGAACUUACAGCAGUGGAUGUGCUUGGCGAUCUAUUAGCUCGGAAAACACCAAGCAAGAUCCAGGAAGAAAGAAUAAAAUCGCAGCAAAACGAGGCAGACGGUG